AUGCAUCCAAUUUGUCAACAAGUUACUGGAGCCGUAACUGCAGUUGCUUUUCAUCCAAUUCUACCAUGGGUAUUAUAUGGAACAGAAGAUGGAUUCAUUCGAAUCAUAAAUUACGAAGUUGGCUCUCAAAUUGUUGAAAUUACACAAUCAAAACACAAAAUCAACUGUCUAGAAUUUCAUAAAACACAGCCAUUCUUUGCAUACGGAACAUCAUCAGGCAAAAUCAAUAUCAUAAAUUACAAAACAUGCAUGUUACUCGCUACGUUUUCAGAUCAUUUAAAUUCUAUUUAUCAAUUAGAGUUUCAUACCGAAUACCCAUUCCUUUUAUCAUCAUCCGGUGAUGGAACAGCCAGAAUUUAUAACUGGCAAAGCAGACAUUGCGUUUCUAUUAUUGAAUCUACCUCUUGUGCAGUGACAACAGCAAGAUUCUCUCCGAAAUCUACAUUAGUUGCAAUAGGAAAUCAAUACGGAACAUUGAAAUUGAGUGAUUUAAAUAAUUUAUACAAUUCAUCACACACUCAAGAAGUUCAAACUAAAUUACUUAAUUUCGAACAGAUUGGCAACUUUAUUUGGGUUGAAGAUGCACAUACAGAUUCUGUUACUAACAUUUCAUGGCAUAAAUCAGAAGAAAUUUUUGUUUCAUUCAGUUUAGAUUCUACAAUCGGAGUUUGGCAAGUCACCGGACUCUCUGCUACUCGAAUUUCAACUAUCCCAAAUAACGGGAUUCCUAUUAUUUCCGGCUUUUUCCAUUAUCCAUCUAAUCUUGUUGUUUAUUCAGAGAAAAACGGCUGUAUUUCAUUCUAUGACAUUUUUAAAAAUAAGAAAUUAUUUAAAUACGACAAUCCUAUUCUCGAAGUUUUAUCUAUUUGUUGUAAUCAUAAAUCUUCUGUUUUAGCAAUAGGUCACAGUCACGGUAUUGAUGUUAUCAAACUUUGGAAGGAACGUCCAUUCAACGAUUUUGUUAGCGGAACUAUUGCAUGGUCUACAAAGAAUCACUUAUUAGUUUAUGAUACAACUAACAAGUCUAACAAGACAAAGAUUUCAUUACACGAUAAUGUGUCUAAAGUAUCAUUGUGUCCUACUAAGACAUCAGUUGUUGUUUCAUAUAACAUUCAAGGUCGACAAACAGGCUUUAUUGAACUCACAACAUUUUCUAAUGCUAAAUCACGCCAACGAUUUAUUGGAAACUCAGGAAUCUUUGUUAACCGAAGUACUAUUGCAUUUUUGUCGACAUCACGAGAUUUUUUAGAAGUUAUUGACACAUUAACAGGAAACACUCGUAAAUAUCCAGUUGAAAAUGCACAAGACUUGUUCACCUUCAAUGGUGGAAACAUAUUCAUUUCAACCGAAAAAUAUUUAAUUGUUUUCGAUGCAAUCAAAGGGAAAGAAAUUUCUCUAUGUCAUAUUCCAUGUGCUAAAUCAGUCAAAUUUGAUUCAUCUAAGGAAUAUAUCUGUGCACAUAACGAUACAACAAUAUUUUAUGCUAAAUCAGAUUUCUCAUAUAUUGAAUCAUUCACAGAACAUACUAAAAUCAAAAGCUGUUGUUUUUACGAAGAUAUUGUUUUAUAUACUACGAAACAUCAUCUUAAAUACUUUUGUGGCCACGUUUCAGGCAUCAUCAACACAACACCAACCGUUUACUACUUGAUUGGUCCAUCUAUUGACAGUAUGUGGUUUGUUACAAGAGAUGGAACAACAUUUCUUAAGAAAUUGAACUCUAAAGAGAUUCAUAUCAUCAAGAGCAUGACAAAUAAUGACAUUUCAAGUGUUUCCAGACAAUCAGCGUCAUCUCUUGUAGGUGAUUUCGUCCAUGAUACAUCAAAGAAUCUUCAUAAGUACGAAAUCUCACAAAUUACAUCUAAAACAGAACGAGAAAAGUUUGAGAUGUCUCUUCUUUGUGGAGACAUUUAUACAGCAUUUUCUAUUUGUAAUUUUUUGAAUGACCGAGAAUGCUACAAAAAUCUUGCCAAAGUCUCAUUAAACUCAGGUAACCUUGAAAUUGCAGAAACAUGUUACAAGAAAUCAUGCGACAAUGAAUCACUUGCAUUCUUUUACAUGAUCAGUGGUCGUCAACAAGAUCUUUCUUCAUUGUCAGAUCAAGAAAGAAAUCCAUUGCUAUAUUUAUGGAACAACGAUGAUGAGAAACUUAAAGAAAUUCUUGACAAAUUCAAUCCAUCGUUAUUUGAUACAUCUAAGUCAUCUACACUUCAUAUUUUUCAUGGUAAAGAGAUCAAAUCUAAUUGGCCAACUUAUUUCACUAAAACUAACUCUAAUACACUACAAAAUGAAAUUCACAGUAAAAUUUAUUCAUCAGACAUUGAAGGCUGGAACAAUUCAUCAGACGAAGAUAACAAGAACAAUGAUAAUAGUAUUGAAGAAGAAGGAUGGGACAUUCAAAUUGAAGAUGAUUAUAGAAAUGAUUAUCAACAAUCAAUAUUUGAAAUUCCAGUUGAAGGCGAAAAUAUUGAGAAACAAUGGGUUCAUAAUUGCAAUGUUGCCGGUGACCUUGCUAAGAGCGGUGAUUUCUCAGGCUGUUUGAUUUUGUUGAAAGAACAAAUUGGUCUUAAAAAUUACGAAGAAAUCAGAAAAUUUUUACCUGAAUUUUAUGUUUCAUGUCAUUCAUAUUUGCGUACAGAAUAUGGAAAUUUAGUUUUCCCACUUAGUUCUAUUUUCCGUGGUGUUUUUGUUCCAUGCAAAUGUAAUGAUAUUUUAUUGUUGAGUUCAAUUGAAAACAAUAUAUUUAAUUCAUUCACGAAAGCAAAAAUUUCAGAGUGCAUUUCAAAAUGUCGAGAACUUUUUUUGUAUAGUUGUUUUUGUAGUGUUCAUACACUUGAUGAAAAGAAACAAGUCAUUGAAAUUAUUUCACUAUGUAAAGAAUACUGUGUUUGUUGUUUAUUAGAGAACACACGUAAGACAGAAUCAAAUAUCAAACGACAAGUUGAAUAUUCUAUGUACAUGACACAUUGCAAAUUGCUUUCAAUUCAUGAAAGUAUUUGUUUGCGAAGUGCACUCAAACAGAGUCUUAAACACAAAUGCAAUCACUGUGCUAUUUGUAUUUCUCGUCGAAUGAUUGAUUUUGGAAAUGACAAACUUCGCGAAUUGGGACUUCAAACACUUCAAGUCACAGGUAAUUCAGCAGUUGACUCAAUUCAAGUUGAUUACAACGAAAAAGUUCCAUUCGAACUUUGUUGUUAUUCAUUUGUACCUAUUUACCGAGGCACUAAAUCAAUUUUUUGUCCUCUUUGCAAAUCUUCAUUCCUUUCAAGAUACAAAGGAAAACUUUGUCCUGUCUGUAAUCUUUGUGAAAUUGGAUAUGAAUCGAAAGGUUUAACAUUAAUUCGAGACAAAUAA